ACCUACCAUUAAGGACUAAGGUAUCCAUCUUUAUCUUUCAACACCUUUUAAAAUGUGACAUCUCUCAUUCAGCAAUCAGCAUUCAUACUGAAUCUUAUCCAUCCUCUCAAACAUGGCUUCCUCCUAUAAUCACCAUCUCAUUUCUUUGUAUCUCCUCCUCAUAUACAUCAUCUCCACCACAGCUACAACCACCUCAGCCUCACCUCGCCCGAAAUCUGUAAUCCUUACCCUCUCAAAGGACACUUCCACCUCCCAAUACACAACCAAAGUUAUCCAAAGAACACCACCAGUGUCAGUACCUCUAACACUCGACCUCGGCACUCAAUACCUAUGGCUCAACUGCGGCAAGCGUUACGUCUCCUCCACAUACAAACCUGUCAACUGUGGCUCCCCACUUUGCGCUCUUGCCAACGCCAAAAUAUGUAGGUCAUGUCCUGCUCCCCCAGGCCCUAAGCCGGGGUGCAACAAGAACACAUGUAGAGCUAUCAUCAACAACCCCAUCACCAACAAAUCCACACCCAGAGGCAGCGAGCUCGCUACCGAUGUUAUCCAACUAAACUCCUCUAACGGCGCCACCACCGGUGGUCUUGUAUCCCUCCCUAAUUUCCUCUUCGUUUGCGCGCCAACCUCCUUGUUAGGUGGCCUCGCAAAAGGAGUGUUCGGUGUUGCUGGCUUCGGAAGGACUAAAGUUUCGUUCCCUACACAAGUCUCCUCCACUUUUCGCUUGGCUCAAGUAUUUGCUUUGUGCUUGCCACCUCUUUCCGAAAAUGGUUUUGCUUUCCUCGGUGAUGGACCUUACAAUAUCACCCCAGGAGGCACAGGUCUUAACGUAGACCUCAGAACCAUGCUUACUUACACUCCUCUCAUAUCUAACCCAGUUCGAACCUCCGAGUACUUUAUAGGAGUACAAGGUAUCAGAGUUGGAGGAGAAGACGUACAAAUCAACAAGAGUUUACUAUCUAUUGAUAGCAAAGGAUAUGGUGGAACAACCAUAAGUCUCUUAUAUCCUUACACUAGUAUGGAAACUUCUAUAUUCAAGGCUGUCACUACUGUGUUCGACAAACAAAUAGCUAAUAGUUCCUUCCCGACUAAGAGAGUUGCUCCGGUUACACCCUUCGAGUUUUGCUACGAUGAAUUCCCUUCCACGAGGGUUGGCCCUGCGGUGCAAAACAUCGACCUGGUGUUGCAGAGCGAGAAUGUGGUAUGGACGAUAGCCCCCUUAAAUUCCUUGGUGAGGACCAAUAAUGUGUAUUGUCUUGCUUUUGUGGAUGGUGGAAAGAACCCAAGGUCAUCAAUUGUUAUAGGAGGAUACCAGAUUGAGGAUAAUUUGCUGCAAUUUGAUCGGGCUAAGUCUAGGCUUGGGUUUAGUUCUUCUUUAGUUUAUGAUCGGAUUAGAUGCUCUUUCUUUAACUUCACCAGUAAGGCGUAAUAAGUCAAAAUGUUUGGUUAGAUUCUUAUGUAAUCUAGUCACAUGAUGUGUCGGAAAGCUUGCAAUAAUUAUACAAAAGUACAAUAAGAUAUAAUUUACUCAUA